ACAGGGCGGAAGGAGCGGACCGUUUCCUGACUGCUCCACGUUGUCGCCGGGGGGAGGGACACGGUAACCGAGGCGCCUCCGCUACACAUACCUGGCAUGUGACAGUUAGCGAGCAUCUAUUUUUUUUUUAACGCCAAGGAAAAAGGAAAGUUGGUCGGCGAGAAAGGGCUCGACCGGUAUAGGGUGAGCUCCGCGUUGGUCUCCCGCCGAGACAGUCACAGAGAUGGAGCGGCUGUGCGGACCAGAGCUCCCUUUCUGGGUAGCCAAUCAGACAUUCCACACGGACCGGCCCGACCUGCCGGAGUGUUUCCAGCUCUCCGUCCUGUCAUGGCUGCCGUGCAUCUACCUUUGGGCCGUCUGCCCCAUCUACCUCUUCUAUCUCAAGAGGAACAACAGGGGCUACAUCAUGAUGUCCAUAAUGAACAGGUUCAAAACGGUGUUUGGCUUGUUGUUAUGGAUUGUGUGUUGGACAGAUCUCUUCUACACAUUCCACGAGCUGCGGCAGGGAAACACACAGCCGCCCAUCUACUUUGUCACCCCGCUGGUGCUCGGCAUGACCAUGCUGUUGGCCACGUUUCUGAUCCAGUUUGAGAGGUUACGCGGGGUCCAGUCCUCAGGGGUCCUCUUCAUCUUCUGGUUCCUGUGUGUGCUAUGUGCCAUCGUGCCUUUCCGCUCCAAGAUCCUCCAGGCCUCCAGCCAGAGCGAAGUCAACGACAAGCUGCGAUUCACUACGUUCUACUUCUACUUCGCCCUUGUGGUCUGUGAGCUGAUCCUCUGCUGCUUCAAUGAGAAACCUCCUCUCUUCUCCAAUGUUGUCACAGACCCUAAUCCCUGCCCUGAAGCCACAGCAGGUUUUCUCUCCACCAUGACGUUCUGGUGGUUCACAAGUAUGGCUAUAAAGGGCUACAAAAUGCCUCUCGAGACCAAAGACCUGUGGUCUCUGAACCAGCGCGACAGCUCCAAGGUGACGGUGCCCAAACUCCUCAACCAGUGGGAGCAGGAGCUGACGAAAGCCAAGAGUGAUCAGAACCUGUCCAGUCAGGCGGUGUACUCCAAGCCCCCGCCAUCCACCACUAACCACACCGGAGCGGGAGGAGGAAGCAGCCCGGAGGAAGUAGAGGUGCUCCUGUCCAAUAAGAAGGCUCCCAGACAGCCCUCCUUCCUGCGGGCCCUCAUCAAAGCCUUCGGACCCUACUUCCUGAUUGGGUCUGCCUUCAAGUUACUGCAGGAUGUGGUCACCUUCGUCAACCCUCAGCUGCUCCGAAUGCUGAUCUCGUUCACCAAACAGAAGGGUGCUCCUGAUUGGUGGGGUUACUCGCUGGCCUUCCUCAUGUUCUUCACGGCCUUCUUGCAGACGCUCAUCCUCCACCGUCACUUUCAGUACUGUUUCGUCACUGGCAUGAAUGUACGCACAGCUGUCAUAGGAGCCAUCUACAGGAAGUCGCUGGUGAUAACUAACGCCGCCAAGCGCUCCUCCACGGUGGGAGAGGUGGUCAACCUGAUGUCGGUGGACGCACAGAGGUUCAUGGACCUCACCACCUUCCUCAACAUGCUGUGGUCUGCUCCUCUUCAGAUUAUGCUGGCCCUUUAUUUCCUCUGGCAGAACCUGGGUCCCUCCGUGCUGGCGGGGGUUGCUGUGAUGAUCAUGCUGAUCCCGUUAAAUGCUGUCAUUGCCAUGAAGACACGAGCCUACCAGGUGGAGCAGAUGCAGUACAAGGACGCUCGUAUCAAGCUGAUGAACGAGAUCCUGAACGGCAUCAAAGUGCUGAAGCUGUACGCCUGGGAGAACUCCUUCAAAAAGAAGGUCCUGGACAUCCGUCAGAAGGAGCUUGACGUGCUGCGGAAGACUGCCUACCUGGGAGCGCUGUCCACCAUGGCCUGGACCAGCGCCCCCUUCCUGGUUGCUUUGACAACGUUUGCCGUGUACGUGUCUAUUGACGAGAACAACAUCCUCGACGCAGAGAAGGCCUUCGUGUCGCUCUCGCUCUUCAACAUCCUCCGGUUUCCUCUCAACAUGCUUCCCCAAGUCAUCAGCAGCAUGGUGCAGGCCAGCGUCUCACUGAAGCGAAUAGAAUCUUUCCUGAGUCAUGAAGAGCUGGACCCAAAUUCAGUCGACAGGAAGAACACAGCCGCAGACUUUGCAGUGACAGUUGUCAAUGGGAAAUUCAGCUGGGCUAAAGACGACCCUCCUGUCCUGCACAACAUUAACGUGAUGGUGCCUCAGGGCUCCCUGCUGGCGGUGGUGGGCCACGUCGGCUGUGGGAAGUCCUCCCUGCUCUCUUCGCUACUGGGGGAGGUGGAGAAACUGGAGGGAGAGGUCUCAAUCCGGGGCUCAGUAGCAUACGUCCCGCAGCAGGCCUGGAUCCAGAACGCCACGCUGCGGGACAACAUCCUGUUCGGGAAAGACUACAAUGAGCAAAAGUACCGCUGCGUUCUGGAAGCCUGUGCCUUAACUCCUGACCUGGAAGUGCUUCCUGGAGGGGAUAUGACCGAGAUAGGAGAGAAGGGCAUCAACCUGUCGGGGGGGCAGCGGCAGAGGGUGAGUCUGGCCCGGGCUGUGUACAGCGACACUGACGUCUACCUGCUGGACGACCCGCUGUCCGCUGUGGACGCACACGUAGCCAAACACAUCUUUGACAACCUCAUCGGCCCAGAGGGGUGUCUGAAGGGCAAGACACGUAUUCUGGUGACACACGGCAUCAGCUUCCUGCCUCAGGUGGAUAACAUCAUGGUGAUUGUGGAGGGCCGGGUGUCAGAGAUGGGCUCCUACCAGGAGCUGCUCAAACAGAACGGGGCCUUCGCAGAGUUCCUCAGGAACUACUCCAUGGAGGACUUCGUGGAGGAGGAAGAGCCCGCUGAGGAGAUAAUUCAGGAUGAGGAACUGUUCCCUGACGACGCCCUUAGCAACCACGCAGACAUGGUGGACAAUGAGCCGGUGGUCAAUGAAACCAAGCGGAAUUUUAUAAGACAGAUCAGCAUCAUAUCAGCAGACGGAGAAAACCUGAGGGGCCGCUCAGUGAGGAGACACAACUGCAGCCAGAAGAAACAUGGGGAGCAACAAGAGAAGAAGAAACCAAAAGAGCUGCAGAAACUCAUCCAUGCAGAGACCGCGGAAACAGGCAGAGUGAAAUCAAAGGUGUUCCUGGAGUACGCCAAGGCAGUGGGCAUCCUGCUGUCGGUGUUCAUCUGCUUCCUGUACGGCUGCCAGAGCGCGGCGGCCAUCGGAGCCAACAUCUGGCUCAGCCAGUGGACCAACGACGCCUUAACAAAUCAGACUCAGGAGAAUAUUCACUUGAGGGUGGGGGUGUACGCAGCUCUGGGCAUUGCACAAGGUGUGUUCGUGUUGGUUAACUGCCUGUUGGGUCGGGGCUUCUGUAUGCUGCGGGCAGCCAAGCUCAUACACUGCGACCUGCUUCAGGGGGUCCUGCGCGCUCCGCAGGGCUUCUUCGAGAGCACCCCCACUGGGCGGUUACUAAACCGCUUCAGCAAAGACGUGGAUGCUAUAGACACCCACAUCCCUGAAAAUAUUGACAUAUGGAUGCGCACUUUCUGGUACACUUCGACUGUGCUGCUCAUAUGCUCUGCCCUCACCCCAAUGUUCCUCCUAGUCAUAGCCCCGUUAACGGUGUUCUAUUGGUGGGUUCAGAGAUUUUACGUUGCCACGUCCCGACAGCUAAAGCGCCUGGAGUCAGUCAGCCGCUCGCCCAUAUACUCCCAUUUCUCUGAGACGGUCACCGGCACUAGUGUAAUCCGAGCCUAUGGCAGGCACUCUGCCUUUGUUCUCAUGAGUGAUAUGAAAGUGGAUGAGAACCAAAAGUGUUACUACCCGGGUAUAGUUUCCAACAGGUGGCUGGGAGUGCGUAUCGAGUUCAUUGGGAACUGCAUCGUUUUGUUCGCUGCUCUGUUUGCUGUGAUUGGAAAGGAGAAUCUGAACCCGGGCCUCGUGGGUCUGUCAGUGUCCUACGCUCUGCAGGUGACCAUGUCUUUGAACUGGAUGGUGCGGAUGACUUCAGAUCUGGAGAACAACAUCGUAGCAGUGGAGCGGGUCAAGGAAUACUCUGAGACCAAGACAGAGGCCCCCUGGGAGAUUGAGGACAAGAAGCCCCCAGCUGAUUGGCCCAUGAAGGGGAACGUAGAGUUCCACGACUACAGCGUCCGGUACCGAGAGGGACUGGACCUCGUCCUAAAGAACCUCACACUGAGCGUGAAAGGAGGAGAGAAGAUUGGUAUCGUGGGUCGUACAGGAGCUGGGAAGUCCUCCAUGACGCUCUGCCUGUUCCGACUGCUGGAGUCUGCAGCAGGAGAGAUCACCAUCGACGACGUGAAGAUCUCAGAGAUAGGCCUGCACGACCUGAGGUCCAAGCUCACCAUCAUUCCACAGGAGCCUGUGCUGUUCUCAGGCACACUGAAGAUGAACCUGGAUCCCUUUGAGAAGUACAGUGAUGAAGAGCUGUGGGCGGUUCUGGAACAUUGUCACCUCCAUAAGUUUGUGAGCAACCAGCCGGCCAAACUGGAGCUGGAGUGCUCCGAGGGAGGAGAGAACCUCAGUGUGGGCCAGAGGCAGCUGGUGUGUUUGGGUCGGGCUCUCCUGAGGAAGACGAGGAUCCUCGUCCUGGAUGAAGCUACAGCUGCUAUUGACCUGGAGACUGAUGAUCUCAUCCAGUCCACCAUCAGGACUCAGUUUGAGGACUGCACCGUCUUCACCAUCGCUCACAGGCUCAACACAAUCAUGGAUUACACAAGAGUGCUGGUGUUGGACAAGGGACAGAUAGCAGAGUUUGACACUCCGACAAACCUCCUAUCACAGAAAGGAAUCUUUUAUGGCAUGGCUAAAGACGCAGGCCUGACGCAGUAGAACUGCCUUUCGUCCCAAUUUGUACAAACCAGGGUUGAGGAUGAGCUCAGUUCAGUGUGACUUUGCAUUUCAGACCUGGCAGUGGAGCUGAAGAGUACCUUUAUUGUGAACUUGGUAUUUAUUUUCAGGGCACUCACUGCUGGUUUUGAAUGAAGCCUCCUCUGCAGACUUGGAUCAAUUAGCCAUUGCAAACAGUUGUAUUGUUUUCUAAACCCGUAUCAGAAACAUUUACAUAUUCUGUGAUUGUCUUAAGUUUCUUGCACUGAAUGUUUUGUUCUUUGUGGCAAAGAAAUGUCCAUUUGGCAUCUCAUAAGGAUAAACAAGCCAUAUGUGCAAGUACUAGUUGAUCCAAGCCUGCUGUUUAGUGCCUUCUGCUAGUGGGAUAAAGAAAGCCAGUGAAUGUAUACUUUUCUAAUCGGCUGACUGCUGCAAAACAAACAACAACAAAAAAAAAGGAGGAACUUUUUUAUUUUUAUUUUUUUUCUACAGAGAAAAAUAUUGUGCCACUGUUACUUUCCUCAAAAGAAAAACAACACUCCUUUUGUGAUAAACCCACUUGUUUUUUUACUGUACCAUUAUUUAAGCUACUUUUUAAAGAAUUGUUUAAUCUUAGGGAAGUUUGCUCAGUUUAAUAUGUGAUUCUUUUGUGAACCAAAUCUAUUGAAACUUGAACUCUGUACCACCAAAAUAUGAAAGAUGAUAAAGCCUUUAUUAAAAAAAAUGGAAGAACAA